AUGACUGGCGUUGUGAGCAUGACAGGUGCCAUGACUGGCGUUGUGAGAAUGACAGGUGCCAUGACUGGCGUUGUGAGCAUGACAGUCGCAAUGACUGGCGUUGUGAGCAUGACAGGUGCCAUGACUGGCGUUGUGAGCAUGACAGGUGCCAUGACUGGCGUUGUGAGCAUGACAGGUGCCAUGACUGGCGUUGUGAGCAUGACAGGUGCCAUGACUGGCGUUGUGAGCAUGACAGGUGCCAUGACUGGCGUUGUGAGCAUGACAGGUGCCGUGACUGGCGUUGUGAGAAUGACAGGUGCCAUGACUGGCGUUGUGAGCAUGACAGGUGCCGUGACUGGCGUUGUGAGCAUGACAGGUGCCAUGACUGGCGUUGUGAGCAUGACAGGUGCCGUGACUGGCGUUGUGAGCAUGACAGGGACCGUGACUGGCGUUGUGAGCAUGACAGGUGCCAUGACUGGCGUUGUGAGCAUGACAGGUGCCGUGACUGGCGUUGUGAGCAUGACAGGUGCCGUGACUGGCGUUGUGAGCAUGACAGGUGCCAUGACUGGCGUUGUGAGCAUGACAGGUGCCGUGACUGGCGUUGUGAGCAUGACAAGUGCCAUGACUGGCGUUAUGAGCAUGACAGGUGCCAUGACUGGCGUUGUGAGCAUGACAGGUGCCGUGAUUUGCGUUGUGAGCAUGACAGGCGCCAUGACUGGCGUUGUGAGCAUGACAGGUGCCAUGAAUGACGUUGUGAGCAUGACAGGCGCCAGGUCUGGCGUCGUGAGCAUGACAGGCGCCGUGACUGGCGUUGUAAGCAUGACAGCGGCUAUGACUUGCGUUGGUAGCAUGACAGGUGCCAUGAUUGCCGAUGUGAGCAUGACAGGCGCCAUGACUGGCGUUGUGAGCAUGACAGGCGCCAUGACUGGCGUUGUGAGCAUGACAGGGGCCGUGACUGGCGUUGUGAGCAUGACAGGUGCCAUGACUGGCGUUGUGAGCAUGACAGGUGCCGUGACUGGCGUUGUGAGCAUGACAGGUGCAGUGACUGGCGUUGUGAGCAUGACAGGUGCCGUGACUGCCAUUGUGAGCAUGACAGGUGCCAUGACUGGCGUUGUGAGCAUGACAGGUGCCGUGACUGGCGUUGUGAGCAUGACAGGCGCCAUGACUGGCGUUGUGAGCAUGACAGGCGCCAUGACUGGCGUUGUGAGCAUGACAGGCGCUAUAACUGGCGUUGUGAGCCUGACAAAGGCUAUGCCUGGCGUUGUGAGGAUGAUAGGGGCCAUGAAUAGCAUUGUGAGCAUGACAGGCGCUAUAACUGGCAUUUUGAUCAGGACAUGUGUUAUGACUGAUGUUGUGAGCAUGACAUGUGUCAUGACUGGCGUUGUGAGAAUGACAGGCGCAGUGACUGGCGUUGUGAGCAUGACAGGCGCCAUGACUGGCGUUGUGAGCAUGACAGGUGCCAUGAAUGGCGUUGUGAGGAUGAUAGGCACCAUGACAGGCGUUGUGAGCAUGACAGGCGCCAAGACUGGCAUUGUGAGGAUGACAGGCGCCAGGACUGGCGUUGUGAGGAUGACAGGCGCUAUAACUGGCAUUGUGAGCAUGACAGGUACCAUGACUGGCGUUGUGAGCAUGACAGCCGCCAUGAGUGGCGUUGUGAGCCUGAUAGGGGCCAUGACUAGAGUUGUUAACAUGACAAGGGCCAUGACUGGCGUUGUUAACAUGAUAGGGGCCAUGACUGGCGUUGUGAGGAUGACAGGCACCAUACUCUUCACUCGGGUCUCUUGUGCCUACACUAACGUCUUAGUUUAG